AUUUCGUAUGUACAAGUAGCAUAAAAUUAUGACACAAUUGAGCAUCAACACUUGGAUGAAUAAAUAGGGAAUUUUGUGCGAAGUAAUAUUCUGACAUCCACUUGUAAUUUCACAGUGGAUAUAUGACUUUAGACAGAACAAACUAAGAUCUCUUUUCAUAUCAAAACAAUAUUCCGAGGAAAUUAAUUCUUAUGUUAACUUUCUGGUUGCGAUUUGAACAUGUCAGUCAUUUUAAAUUAUUUAUAUAGUACCUAUUCAUUGAUAUUAUCACCAUCACCCAUCUUCUUUUCAAUUCUGAUUCUGUUGUCUGAUUUCCUACUGCAUUCAUCCAACUCUAGUCAUCAGAGAUUUCAAAAUGGACCACAGAAGUUUGCUAUUAUAACAACUGGUGGAGUGCCUAAACCUUAUUUUUCACCAAAUAAAGAUUUAUAUGAUAGCGAUUAUUCACGAAAAGUAAAUGUUAAAGUUAGUGAUAUUUUAACUAGACAAGCUGCAGCUGCUGCCUCCUCGUCUUACUUGUCUACCCCGCCAGUCUCAAAUUCCGCAAACAAAGUGAAUGGAAAACUAGCAAGAUCCGAGCAAUCAUUAAAACCAACUUCGGAAUCACAUUCUGGUGGAACCGGUUCUACUGGCAAUCAGAGGGCUCAGAUUGUUGUUAAACCUUCUGGAAAUAUUGACAAGAAUUCCUUACUCUUACCAUCCAAAGCUUCCCAACACUCAAUUGUCAAUGAAGACCGUUCAUGGCCACCUGAACAUUCACAUGAAUUUGAAAGAGUUGAUGUACGCGUGCUGGGUGAACGAAUUGACAGUAAAGCACUUCUUCAUUUGCGUCCAAGCUCUUCUGCAGCAUCAGUGCGUAAAUUACGUCGAAUUCUAGGGUCCGAUUUACAAAACGAGUGGAUGUCUAUAGAAACUCCACUGAAUUCUCUGACGUCGUCUAGUAAAAGUACACGGUCCACGCUAUCAUCUAAUAUUCCUAAGCCUGAUAACCAUUUACUAACUGCAGUAGAAGACUUGAAUUUCACUGUAUUUCGUUCCGUCAAUGAUGACGGAUUAAUUUAUCCAAUCAAAAUGACUAAUGAUCAAGUGAAUGUAAUAAAAAUGUGGUUACUACAACGAGCAACAUGCCCAAUGGAAUAUAUAUGGGAAGAUUUAGGACCAUUAUUUUGGCCUAGAUGGAUUAGACGAGUAGUUUGCAUUAAUACACAUUCUUGUUCCUGGCCACCUGGUAUGCGCUGUCGCUCGAGUGGUUCACGAGCAUUGAAGUUACUGCGAUGGGUGUGCACAAAUGAUUCGGGCAAAGAAGCUUUAUCUAACAGAAGACGACGAGGAUUUCAAUCAAGCAAUUUGCAUAGACUUGAGAGGGAUGUUAAUCAUCAUCAUCAAGCAUUUAUGGAGGAACGAAGAUCAAAACGUGUUCGACGUUUAAUACGUAAACUUAGUCUAACAGCGAAUGGUUAUCACUGUGAAUGGAAUCAAUAUGAAUAUAUGGUUAGUGAUCAUUGUACAUGUGGAUGUGAACAAUCAGCGAUGAAUUCGAAUUAAACAAAAAUCCACUUAGAAAGAACAAUAUACCAAUAUGAAUGUUACUUCUACUUCUUUCCUUGGUAAAUUUUUUCUUCCCUUCAGUAUUAAUACUAUAUUAGUAAGCAUUUGUUCUACUUGCAUUUUCCCUUUUCAUUCUGUUAAAAACAUAUUCAGUUGCACUAAUUCUUGCUUGUAAGUCAGCUUUGCACAGACAUAAUUGAAAAAGUAAAUCUACCUCUUAACUUAAUAAAAAAAUAUUGUUGGACAGUCAACAAAAUUUCAGUCUGCAUGCAUUUAUAUAAUCGUUUAAUAAAAUCUUAUUAUACACUAAAUAUCUGCUGGAAUGUCUGUAGAAUUAAUUUAUGUUUCUGGCUAUAAUUUCAGUCUGCAUAAAACGUGAGUUUAAUGACGAAUUGUUUUGACAAGAUCAUUAAUAACAAAUUUUCACUUCAUUUAGAAAACUAUGUACUAACCCACUGUUAUUUAAAAAAAAGUAAGAUUCACAAUGAUACUGUUUUACUAUUGCUAUAGAUAAAUGAAUCAGUACUCUUAGACAAGUGCAUUUUCGUCUUUUUCAAAGUGUAUAUUAAUGUUCAGAUACGAAAUAAAACUUUAUUUACUC